UAAGGAUGCGCUGCCCGGAUCCCCCGUGGCUGAAGGCUGCAGCCCAGGAAAAUAGCAUCGCUAUGGCUGAGAAGGGCAUGGACCCGACCUGCGUCUCCAUCGCCCUGGAGGACUCCGUGUGCAACGCCAGCUCCCAGGACGCGCCUCUCCUGACCACCCACCUGAAGAAGGUGGAGAACCACAUCACGGAGGCGCAGAGGUUCUCGCACCUGCCCAAGCGCUCGGCCGUGGACAUCGAGUUCAUUGACCUGUCCUACUCCGUCCGGGAGGGCUCGUGGUGGAGAAAGAGAGGGUACAAGACCCUCCUGAAAUGCCUGUCCGGGAAGUUCUGCCGGCGCGAGCUCAUCGGCAUAAUGGGCCCCUCGGGCGCAGGGAAAUCCACGCUCAUGAACAUCCUGGCCGGUUACAGUUUCCCCAUCUGCAACAUGGGGAGAGUGAUGCUGUCCAGCGAUUGUAACGGGCUUUGGAUUGGUGGUGGGUCAGGCCAGAAGGGACCAUUAGACCAUCAGAUCUGCUCUCCUGUGGAACUCCAGGCCAGGAUGUUUCACUCAGGGUACAAGACCCUCCUGAAAUGCCUGUCCGGGAAGUUCUGCCGGCGCGAGCUCAUCGGCAUAAUGGGCCCCUCGGGCGCAGGGAAAUCCACGCUCAUGAACAUCCUGGCCGGUUACAGGUGUCUGCUCCCUGCCCUGCAGGUCUCGGCUAACCUGAAGCUGAAUGAGAAGCAGGAGGUGAAGAAGGAGCUGGUGAGUUCGGGGUCCCCCCUGGUCAGUGUCGCUGUGUCUGGGAUGGUCUUUCUCCCCCCCCAUUCCCAUCCCACCGCUCCUGGCUCCCCUCCUCUUCCUCUCCGCAUUCAUCCUGUCCCCUGCUCUCUCUCUUCCCCCCGUUUCCUCGGCUCCAGUGGCCUGGACAGCGCCUCCUGCUUCCAAGUGGUCUCUCUGAUGAGGUCCCUGGCCCAGGGGGGACGCACCAUCUUCUGCACCAUCCACCAGCCCAGCGCCAAGCUCUUCGAAAUGUUCGACAAGCUCUACAUCCUGAGCCAGGGCCAGUGCAUCUUCAAAGGGGUGGUAACCAACCUCAUCCCCUACUUGAAAGGGCUGGGCCUGCACUGCCCCACCUACCACAACCCGGCCGACUUCAUUAUCGAAGUGGCCUCGGGCGAGUAUGGAGACCUCAACCCGCUGCUGUUCCGGGCCGUCCAGAACGGGCUGUGCACCAUGGCCGAGAAGAAGAGCAGCCCGGAGAAGACGGACCCCUCCUGCCCGGCCCCCUGCGUGACGGUCAUGCCGAGCCCCCUCUCGCCCCGGCAGGUCCUCACCCACCUGCGCUUCAUGUCCCACAUCUGCAUCGGGGUGCUCAUCGGGCUGCUCUACCUGCACAUCGGCAACGACGCCGGCAAGGUCUUCAACAACACCGGCUUCCUCUUCUUCUCCAUGCUCUUCCUCAUGUUCGCCGCCCUCAUGCCCACGGUGCUCACGUUCCCUCUGGAGAUGUCGGUGUUCCUGAGAGAGCACCUGAACUACUGGUAUAGCCUGAAGGCCUAUUACCUGGCCAAGACCAUGGCAGACGCCCCCUUCCAGGUGAGGACUCAGCACGGCGGCGGGGGAAGGGGUCCCCCAGAGGCCACCAGCUUCCUCCUCUUCUCUGCCCUCGCCACCUCCACCGCCCUGGUGGCACAGUCCCUGGGGCUUCUGAUCGGAGCAGCUUCCACCUCCUUGCAGGUGGCCACGUUCGUGGGGCCAGUCACUGCUAUCCCGGUCCUGCUCUUCUCAGGCUUCUUCGUCAGCUUCAAGACCAUCCCCACAUACCUGCAGUGGACGUCGUAUGUCUCCUAUGUCAGGUACGGCUUCGAGGGUGUCAUCCUCACCAUCUACGCCAUGGAGCGUGAGGACCUGGAGUGCCGGGAGUCUCCCUGCCCCUUCCAGAAUCCCAUCAGGAUCCUCCAGGAGUUGGACGUGGAAGAGGCUAAACUAUACCUGGACUUCAUCAUCCUGGGCAUCUUCUUCCUCGUUCUGCGGCUCCUGGCCUACCUGGUCCUCCGGUACAAGGUGAAGUCUGAGAGAUAAGGGGGCCGUCGGGGCCCGAUGCCUUUCCCAGACCUGAUCUGCCAUGGCAUGGACAUUCCCAAAGGGGCUCUCCGUCUCUGUGGAGGUGAGACCAAAGGGGAGGCAUUGGGUAGGUGGCGCUCAGUCCUGGCUCAGUCGAGAAGGGUUUUUUGGGACAUCUCGGAACUGUUUUAACCUUUCCACACUCUUCAUCGCAAAUGUUUUGUACCGUCCCGGAAUGCCUCCUCCUCUCUCCUGGAGCUGCAAUGUCCUACGGAUCUUGGAUUCCUUCUUCCGCCCUCUGUCCCACCCCCCCACCUCAGGACACACCCGCUGUCCUGCAAGGCAGCUGUCUUCCAAGCCAGACAAGGAGAGAGCCGUCCACCAAGGCUUUGCCAUUUGGGGGAGAGGAUUGCAUCUGUCUGAACCCCACUGACCUCCCGCAAAGCACAGUUUUGCAGCGCAAUGUGCAGUGCAGUUUUUUAAUGUGCCUGCUAGUCCAUAUCCAGCAGCAUGCAAAUCCAUACUAAGAAGAAAUCUUAAGUGGCAGGAGGCUUUCACAUACCUUAACCAUAGCUGCAUCCAACACCAUCACCCUGUCUUUAAAAAAAAAUCCCUUUUUCUUAAGGAAAAAACCAAAACCAAAUGACGACCCAGCGGCACGGAAUACAGGAACAGGUGCUGCAGCUCCAGAGGGAUGCAGGUAGAUCAGGCCUCUGCUUUUAGGGCUUGGCAGGAUGUAAUAGUGGUAGAAAUAUUUCAGUCCCAGGUUUGUAAAUCGUGUUUUGAACGGCGGGAGAGAGGAGGGUUUGCCACCCAUGGCCCUGCCACGUUGGACUGUACGAGCACCGGGGAGCGAGGGAGAAAACCUGGCAUGCGGGGAGUUAAAACCGCUCCGCUUCCUUGGGAGCUGCAGAAAUGGUGGAAAGUUCAAGAGCAGUUUCUUCGUUCUCUGAGGCUGGUGUGAGUGGGGAGCAGGUGGGUUGAGAGGAAGAUCUGACCCCGUAACAUCCCCCUAGAGCAGCAGCUCCACUGCCAGUCCCUGUGGGCCCCAGGUGCUCAAUUUGCUGGCCUUUUGCAUCGUCACUUACACCUGUGCAAAAAUCCAGCCAGAUCUUAGGACAUGAGAGUUCCAAGAGCCCUUGGGGAGGCGAUCUAGUCCGACCCCCUGCUCCGAGCAGGACUGGUCCGAGUGCUUUGCACACGUGUAAAAUGACACGGUGAAGGGCAUUGCUGACCCAGCCCCAUUGAGAUGAGCAGGAUGUGGCCCCGGGCAGUGGAAGGGUGACGCGUAAAGGAGCUCUGAUUGGUUCCCGGUGCUGUUCCAAAGCAGGAAAGGACGUUUUUCAUUGGUGGCCGGUCACAGGCCAAAUGCUGCUGUCAGGGCUUGGCCUUUCCGCUCGAUUACAGCCGUGCUGUGCUAUGGGGUGGGGGAACUCACCGGACAGAGGGUGCUCUUGUUGUGGUGACUCCUGGGCCUUCCUUCCUCUCAGUGGGCUGCAAGGUCGUCAUAACCACACGGGUCUCCCGGGAUCGCGUAGUUUUACAAACUGCGUUUGCCUGCCUAGAAAGCAGGGGGAGCUGACGGCACCGUAGCAGCGCUUGGAUCGGACGCAGGGGGAGCGCCCGGCUCUCGCCGCCAGUGUCGUGUGCGAUCAGCGCGCACCUCACGUCACGUGCCCUUGCUUCACGUGUGUGCGUAGGAAAAAACAUGGAUGGAACCCAGCAGAUUGUGGCAGCCCUGCGCGUGGGCAACGGUGACCAAAAUGUCUCGUUCACCCAAUGGGCCACGUGCAGCCCAUGGGCCACGCGCUACCCACCACUGCUUUAGACAAAUGUCAAACCUCCCUGCUCUCCCUAGUCCGCAUCCAAACACCGGCUUUAAAAUUCCCCAGUGCGUUUGCAGUCCGCCGCAAACAGGGCUUGCCUGGUGGCGCAUGCUGCCAAUAGAGCGUUUUGCAGGGAGACCUUUAGCUGGCGUCCGUCGGCUGAGCAUUACUGACCAGUGGCCCUGGGCUGAGUCACGUCAGCUAAGGAUCUGCCCCGUCGGAGCGGCUGCAUUUCAGGGGACGCCUCGAGCGGUCGGUGUUUCAGAUGUGAUCUGGAGAGCGCCCUGGGAAAUGACGGGUAGCCACGGGAAUUUCCAAGGGAGGGGAGAGAGAAGGUGAUUUUAGCUGGAAUUUGGGAAGAGCUGGGAGGCUCAGAGCUGAGCGAUUCCUCCUCCCAUCACGGGCGUGCCAAGGCAUGAGCUCACUAAUCCAUGUUUCCCCGGCAGUAGCUGACAAGCGUUUCCCAGGCUGCUCAAAGCCUUUGCAAUGCGGCUACAAUCAAAGCAUCUUGCUCUGCUGGCAGCUGGCUGGGUCUUGCAUGCUAAUCCGAGUCGGGCCUGGUCAGUGUUCGGAGAGGAGAGCCUCCUGUGGCCGGGAUGUUGGAGAGUCAGUAGGAGUUGUUCUUCGCUUUAGUGCAGAGGUGGGGAACCGCCGGGUCCAGAUGUGGGUUGCUUGGAUCUGGCGCUUGAGGCUCUGGGCUCUUCACUACCCUGC